UUGAACAACUGGUCUAUUGUAUGUACCUAACCUUAUCUUGGGUUAUACUUAUAUAAGGUUGGUAUGCCUAUUAUAUUGAAUUAAAAUUAUUUUUUCGGACCAGACCAGAGUCUUGUGUGAGUAUACUUACCUACGAAGAUAAAGUAUUUAACCUGUGUUGGCGUCCAUAAAGUCAUUUAGUUUUUAUUGAAAGAGUAUUUUUUCAACGAAUAGGUAACUGCAAAUUCAAUUUUAAGUCUGCAAAAUUCCGCGUGAGUUCGAUUCUUCAGAAAAGAUGUCUGCUAAAUUUCAUUGGGUUCUUAUGGUUGUCUUCGUUUGUGGAUGUCACGCUGGUGCCGCAAGUAUUGCGGAGUCGUUCACGUCAUACAAACUUGUACCUAAUAUUGUAACAAAAGCACCGGCUAAUGUAAUAAGCGUGAAAUUCCCAAGCGGUGCUGUAGUGGAUUUAGGUAAUGAAUUGUCUAAGCCCCAAGUGGCGCUUACCCCUUCAGUCUCUUGGAACGCUGGAGAUGGGCUAUACACUGUUAUCAUGUUUGAUCCUGAUGCACCGAGUCCUUCAAACCCGUUCAUCAGUUCCUUCCUCCAUUGGCUGGUGAUAAACGUACAGAAAGAUGGCAUCGCGAGCGGGGACACUAUUGCCGAAUAUUUGCACCCUUACCCCCCUCCGUUCGGUGACAUUCAUCGAUAUGUCUUCUUGGUGUAUCAGCAAAGAGAACGGUUGCCAGUGAAGGACUUUAUCGCUUACUCAACUAUUGGCCGAUUCAAAUUUUCGCCUCAAGAUUUUGCGGAUAACUUCAACCUCGGGGAUCCCGUUGCCGGCAACUUCUUCCGUACACAAUUCAACAGUUUGAAAACGGAUAAAUUGUUCUAAUAUGAUUGAUUUUUAUUCAGAUCAAUGUUCCUAUUCCAUUUUACCUGAUGGGAGCAGAGUACAUAAAUGUUUCUUACAUAAUUGAUUGUUAAAAUAUAAUCUAAUACUAUUUAUCCACAUUUUUAGUAGGUGGGUCUUUCAGUCGAGUGCGUAGUUAUAUUAGGUUCUAAUCAUCUACCACAUCUACAUCUUACAACAAACUAGUUAACCCUCUUUUUCAUAAAAAAGCAUGAUUUGUCUCAUUCUGACAAAUUCAAAUAUAGCAAAGUGCGAUCAGGACAAAACAUGCCCUAAAAUGGAUUUACCUUUUUAAAGUAAAAUAAUGAAUUACACGUGAGUGACGCGUAUUAUAUUGAGGGUAAUAACAUAUUUUAUGAUUGUUACUAAAUAUCGUAAUAGAGCAAAGUAGUACCUACCUACCUGUGCCCUUGGAUAUAAUCUAAAAUCUCAGCUAAUUCCGUCACAGACGAUUAAAUUUAAAUUGAAUGAUAUAAUGAGAAAGUUAUAAGACUAAUUUUUCAUUGAAAGAAAACUAAAUUGGACUUGUAAUUCUUGACUGCUAUAUUUCCACACCAAAAAUCCUCUUAACACAAUGCUCGAUUUUGAUGUAAAUAAAGACACAAACAAACACACACCACACAUUUAAAUAGUAUCGAAGUUUUGAUAUGGAGGGAGGUAACAGAAUCGAAUAGGUUAUAAUAUUAUCGUGAAAUAAAAUUAUUUAUAUCGGAUUUUAGAAAUAAAUAAUAAUUGGCAAUUUUUGUGUGCCUAUGCACAUGUAAAUAACUAGUUUAUAUAAGUACAUAUUAACGUUAAUUACACUAAUUGAAAAAGCGCGCACACUUGUUUCUUAUUUUAUAUGAUGACGUGCCGCCAUUUGUUAAUAUAUAACCUUAUAUUUUACCUACUAAAAUCUAUGCACUUGACUUUAAAGUUUUUGUCAAACAAUUUAUCAAUCAAAUAGCGAUAAUAGAUAUUCUAAUAAAAAUGUCACCGAAUCGAA